GCUGUUUAAUCUCACCUGUAAUGAAAUCAGUGUGAUCUCACAGAGAAGGAGGGACGUGUGUCUGCAUGUGAACCUCGCCUCUUUUCCCUCGAAGUCUUAGUGAGCCUCUCUGUGUCUGGUUUGCGUUCCCACACCUCUGUCUCUUUGCGGCUUAACGGGUGACUGCGCUUUUCUUUGACUUCCUUUCUUUAAAAAAAAUAGUUUUCAAGAGUAUCUCCAUAGCGAGUGACUGGAGCGCAUGGAUCCUUAACGCGCUUCGCGUGCAGGAGCAGCAGGACGUCCUGAGCUGUGGUUAUAUUCUGAAGGACACCCAGCUGUACUUGCUGUGGUUAUUGGGAUUAGUAGCUACCACGUCGUCCGACUGUGCUGUGGGAAUCACAGAGAGAGAUGGGAGAGAGGUGCUCACACCGAGGACUCUGACAGGACACCAUGGACACCGGCGCGCUCUCGCGUCUUCUACUCGGUUGUUUUUUGCUUUGUGCAUCGGGACAAGUUGCACAGAAAGAUGGCCACUUGGAUACUGUACAGAGCUCUGGCCCUCUGUCCUGCUUUGAGGGUUUCACAGCACUAGGUUAUUACAACGGCUCCAUGUCACAGACAGACUCAGGUUUUCCCUGUCUGAAAUGGACUGAGUUCCCUGACUACAUGCUGCAGUACCCAGGUAGAGGGCUUGGAGACCAUAGCUACUGCAGGAACCCUGACCGUGAGUCCCAGCCAUGGUGCUUCUUCAGACAGCACUCUGGAGCCAUCGGCUGGGCUUACUGCAACUGCCACCAGGGUGCAGCCAGGCUGAUUGGAGGAGGGUCUAACAAGAGCGGCCGUCUAGAAAUUUACCUGAAUGGCCAGUGGGGGACAGUUUGUGACACACACCUGACUGACCGAGAUGCAAGUGUCAUCUGUCGACAGCUUGGCCUCGGUGAAAUUGGUACUGCACUCCAGCACUCCUACUUUGGUCCUGGCUCGGGACUUUUCCACUACGAAAGACUUAGCUGCCGUGGGAAUGAGAACUCUCUCUUAGAGUGCCGGGGCAGGAAGUUUGUCUCUGGUGACUGUAAUCAUGGAAAUGAAGCUGGAGUGGUGUGUGCUGCACCUGCAGGAAAUGGUGCUCCCUUGAGACUGGUGGGGGGCCAGGAAGACUUCGAGGGGCGAGUGGAAGUGUAUCAUAAUGGCCAAUGGGGUACAAUCUGUGAUGACCAGUGGGACGACAUUGAUGCCGAAGUGGUCUGUCGGCAGCUGGGACUUGGUGGUGUGCCGAAGGCUUGGUCAUGGUCUCAUUUUGGCCACGGGGCUGGGCUCAUUCUGCUGGACGGGGUAGAGUGCACAGGAAAUGAGCUCUCUCUUGAGGAGUGUCCUCACACACCCUGGGGCCAGCACAACUGUGACCACAUGGAGGAUGCUGGAGUGUCCUGUAACCCAUACACAGAUGGUGCAGUACGUCUGGUGGGAGCAGAUAUUCCAUGGGAAGGACGCUUGGAGGUUUACCAUGCUGGAGGCUGGGGCACAGUGUGUGAUGACAACUGGACUGAACAACAUGCCCAGGUGGUGUGUCGGCAGCUUGGAUUCAGAGGGCGUGCUGAAAUAGCUCCAAAUGGUGCUUACGGGGACGGCACAGGACUUAUUCUGUUGGAUGAAGUGAGGUGCGAGGGGAAAGAGAGCUCACUGCUGGACUGCAGCCAUGCAGAGUGGGGACGCCAUGACUGCUCCCACAGUGAAGAUGUGGCUAUACGCUGUGAUAGAGGAGGAAAUAACAAUGACAUUACUUCAGUUCCUCCAGUCUCAGGUCCCCUGGUACGGCUGGUGGAUGGGGAGAGCCGUAAAGAAGGUCGUGUGGAAGUCUUCAUUAACAGCGAGUGGGGCAGUGUGUGUGAUGAUGGCUGGAAUGACAUCAGUGCUGCAGUAGUGUGUAAGCAGCUGGGCUUUGUUGGAGUAUCUAAAGCCCGCUCCAUGGCUUAUUUUGGUGAGGGCCAGGGUCCAAUCCACCUGGACAAUGUGAGGUGUGUCGGUACAGAGUCGUCUCUGGGAGAGUGUUUAGCCGACGGGUCAGACAAACAUAACUGCAGGCAUAGUGAGGACGCAGGGGUCAUCUGUGAUUAUGUGUCCCAGCCAGUAGCCGACAGCACAAUGGCAACCCAGUCAUGUGGCCUGAGGCCCAACACACAGCGCCGGAGGAGGAGGAUCGUUGGAGGAGACAAGUCACUUAGAGGGGAUUGGCCAUGGCAGGUGUCUCUAUGGCUAAGGUCUCAGUCCAAAAGGAACCAUCCACUGUGUGGAGCUACUCUUAUCAACUCCUGCUGGGUCGUCACUGCGGCUCAUUGUUUUAAGAGGUUUGGCUCUGAUUCCUCACGAUAUGUUUUGAGGUUGGGAGACUAUCACACAGAGGAAAGGGAUGACUUUGAGCGCACUCUCUCUCCUGAGCGAAUUGUCAUACACAAGAAGUACCUUAGCCAGGGCUGGGAGUACGACAUUGCGUUGGUGAGGCUGAAGGGCACAGAUGGGAACUGUGUAUCUUUCAACCCACACACAAACGCUGCUUGCCUUCCUGCUCAUGGUGACAGGAAGACGAAGAGACCUGCUGCGUGUGUCAUCACAGGCUGGGGAGUUACAGACUCUGAGUACUCACGUACCUUGCUGCAGGCCUGGCUUCCCAUGCUGCCAUCCUGGAAGUGCAAAAAACGUUAUGGCAGCCGCUUCACUGGUCGCAUGCUGUGUGCUGGCAGCCUGUCAAACCGUCGUCGUGUGGACAGUUGCCAGGGAGACAGUGGUGGUCCACUUGUGUGCCAGGGUGAAGGCGGGCACUGGACGCUAACUGGGGUCAUUUCCUGGGGUCAUGGCUGUGGGAACCCCAGCUAUCCUGGGGUAUACACUCGAGUCAGCAGGUUCCUAAAGUGGAUUGAGAAGGUCACACAGGGUACUGCUUAACUCUUAGAAUAAAAUAUUACUAGGGCUCAUUUCUUUUAAUAUGGUGUACUUAAAGUAUGAGAUGUCUGUCAGAGUACUGAGACCAUGGUUUAUUGUCAGGAUCACAAACCUGGCUUCCUCAUUUCGUAGCUCUCCUCAUGCUAUGUUUAUUCCUAUUUAUUUUCACUUGAACAGCCAUGUGGAAAGUGUGACUGACAUUAUAGAGGAACAAGUAUAUUGAAUGUGCUGAAUAUUCCUCAAGUUUGAAGUACACUGUAGGGCCAAAGGUAUGUGGUAAGUAAGCAUCAUAUCCAUAUGUGAAUCUUCCACAAAGUUGGAAACAGUAGAAUGUCUUUGUGUAAUCUUUAUGCUGUCAGAUUAGGAUUUCCCUUCCCUGGAACUAAGGGGUCUAGGUCACUCUGGUUUGAGUGUGGCAAUGUGCACAAAGCAAACUCUAUGGUCUGCCAAGGUAAUCUAUACAAAGCCCUGAUCUGGCCUUAGUGAACACCUCUGGGAUGAACUGGAACUAUGAUCACCAGAUGUUUUCACCUGACAUUCUCUCAAAAUGCUUUUGUGACUGAAUGGGCUAGGUUCUAAAAUCUAGUAGAAGGCUAGAGGCUAAAAUUGGAAUAGUAUGUUAAAUGACAGAUUGGGUGUAAUGAUCUGGUGUCCACAAACCUUUAGCCAUAUAGUGUAGCUUUGUUGGACAGGAUGUGGUAUGUAUUUAGAAUUAUAUUGCACUAAACUACAUGCCAUUUUUGAAGAUAUUUUUUUCAGUAUUGCAGAUUAAACAGCUCAAAAAAGUAUUUUGUUGUUUUUUUGUUUGUUUUUUUUUUACUUUUCUAUCUACCACAUCUUCAGCAUAUGAUUACCGCAGAUAGAAAUUGUACUGUGAAAAGUGUAGUAAUUCUUGUCUAUGGUAAUUGCACAUGUGCUACAGAUAAAAGAUAAAAGAUAGAUAUACUACAUUCUGAUUUUAUUGAACAUUGAAAAUGAUCUUUGCAUUAAGUGCUUUAAUGAAUUGACUUUCCAAGGGAUCUUACCCAGUGAGAGUUUAAAAUUUUUGUCCAUACUCAUGUUGAAGCUUUGUUUUAUUGAUACCACAGAAUUUUGACUCUGUGACAUCUAAUUGUAUGUCUGAUUUUGGAAUCCAGGUGAAUGAAGUCUAUGAACGAAAAAAGUUUAAGUGCAAUUUUAAACAGUGCAUACAAUGUUGCUUAAUGUUGUAGAAGCUACAAGUUAUCAGAUCAACUUGUGAAUGUUUACGUGACAUGUUAAAUGUAGUGUAACAUGGUACAACUCAGAAGACCAAAGUCAUGAGUAAACAAUGAGAGUCUUCCAUUUUAGGAAAAGCCUCUAUAAAACUGUAUGAUGAAGACUUUAGCAUUCUGGCUCAGAACCAGUUAAAGUAAUUACAAAGAACGGAAACUAAGCGACAAAACUGCAACCCGGAAACAUAAUCUUCAUUGGCUGUUCCAAAAAAUAAACACUAUUUGAAAUUGUUCUGUGCUUAAUAACUUGAUAUGUUUGUGUUCUGAAACUGUUGCCUUAUUAUUUAUGACUUGCGUCUAAAUUCUCAACGUUUCACGUUAUUUCAUUGUAUGGAUUUACGUGUACUAUACAGAACAGGUUAUAAUGUUACAUGACAUUAUUCAUGCAUAGGGAAACAAGAUCAAUUAAACUCAUUAUAAACAUUUCUCACAUCAAAAUUUGACGUUAAAUUAUACAUUAAUUAAAUAACAAAGUCAGUUGUUGCACUGCAUUUAUACCACUUACAGUAGCAUGCUAUACAUUUUUUAAAGGAGAAUUUAGGCUACUAACUCCACAUACUCUGUGUGACACUGCAUUUGAAUUAUUUUUUUUUGUUAAUAAUAACCUCUGGUAAAUUAUUUGAAAAUAUUGAAUAGCUAUUUUAAGCACAGUAAAUAGAACAGUUCCAUGUGUGUGGACAUGUGCUUAAUACAAACACAGCUGCCAAGUCUAAUGGCUUUCCUAAUCCUACUAUUUUAUUAUAUCGGUCCUACAUACAGUCUAUAUAAAAGAAAUGAAAUUUCCUGGUUAUUUGACCUCCUCUAAAUGAUGUUGUAGCUUUAUGUUGGAGUUUGAACACAAUAAAGGAAAUAGUAAAAUACUGGUUCUGCUGAUUUAUUUCUUUUUCAAGCCCCACGUAAUAUUGCACCAUAAUUGUGCUACAAUUUGUACUGUAUUGCAAGUCUUUGUUACAAAUGCUAAAUUGUUUACGCUGCCAAAUGAUCAUUUUAAAUUGUAUUUUUUAUUAUUUUUAUUAUAUAACCCAAUGUCAUGAAUCAUAAUAUUACACAAACAUCAGACAUAUUAUCAAAUCAUAUUAUCUGCAGAACUGCCCCUUGGUCUGUGUUUUAUGUUGGACACUGUAGUGUGAGUAUUGUAUAUUAAUAAUGCUAAUCCAUUGUGAAGGCGUAAGUGUCAUUUUGUUAAAGUUAUGCAAAUAAAAAAAUCAAAUCCAAUAAUUGUUUGUGAGCAGAUUGUGCUAUGUUCUAUCACUGGACAGAGAGAAACUAUUGGCCAAGUUAUAGCAAAUUAUUUUACGU